AUAAGGUAAAUAUCCUUAUUAAAACAAGCUCCAAAGAUACAACUUGGCCAAAAAAUGCAUUUUUCUUACAUUGCGCAUGCACCGACUGGGAAAGGCAAAGGUCUGAUGAGUAGGGUAGAAAUGAUGAGCGGAGAAAUUUUCCUAUAAUUGCUCAGCAAUUUGCCAGACUCCAACAUGCUGUUGAAAUCAAUGUUCGUUCCGCUAUUCACUGCAGUUCCUGCCAGAGGCCAUCCGGGAAAGCUCUCAGUUUGCUCAGUAAGGAAUGUGGUGGCUCAGCGAUGCCCACCAAAUUGUCGACAAAAUGGGUCAUCCAACACUGCCUCGCUAUUGCUACUGCACAAACUUCCUCCGAUUUCAGCUUACAUUCAUCUCCCUUUCUGCCGUAAGCGUUGCCACUACUGUGACUUCCCCAUUAUUGCUCUUGGAUCUUCCUCCUCAAACCCAGGAAAUGAUGAGGACGACCCGCGUAUUCUGAACUACUUAGAGACGCUCUGCAGAGAAAUUAAGGCUACUAAAUUGGAUUCAGCCAAUAGCCCACCUCUUGAAACAGUGUUUUUCGGUGGAGGUACGCCUUCGCUGGUGCCACCGCGGCUUGUUUCCUCCGUUCUUGAUGCGUUGUCUUAUAAAUUUGGGGUGUGUAGCAAUGCUGAAAUAUCAAUGGAAAUGGACCCCGGCACGUUUGGCGAGGGGAAACUGAAGGAGUUGAUGAAUUUGGGUGUGAACAGAGUGUCAUUGGGGGUGCAGGCUUUUCAAGAAGAGUUGUUGAGGGCUUGUGGAAGAGCUCAUGGAGUUCGUGAAGUUUAUGAAGCUGUCAAAAUUGUUAAGUCAUGUGGGGUUGAAAAUUGGAGUAUGGACCUCAUUUCUUCACUUCCUCACCAGACUCUAAGCAUUUGGGAGCAGAGUUUGCAGCUGACUAUUCAGGCGCAGCCAACUCAUGUUUCAGUCUAUGAUUUGCAAGUUGAACAAGAGACCAAGUUUGGAGUCUUAUACUCUCCUGGUGAAUUUCCUUUGCCUUCAGACAAUCAAUCUGCUGAAUUUUACAGAGUUGCUUCAAGAAUGCUAAGGGAUGCAGGUUAUGAUCAUUAUGAGAUCAGUAGUUACUGCAAGAGUGGUUAUCGGUGCAAGCACAAUAGUACAUACUGGAAGAACAAACCUUUCUACGCUUUUGGAAUGGGUUCAGCUAGUUAUGUUGAUGGAGUAAGGUUUUCUAGGCCAAGGAGGCUGAAAGAGUACAUGGAUUACGUGCAGAAUUUGGAGAUUGGAUUGACUAAUUGUUCCGAGGAUGACAUUUUCGAUGCAAAGGACUUGGCAAUGGAUGUUGUUAUGCUCUCUCUUAGAACGUCAGAUGGCUUGGAUUUGAAGUCUUUCAGAGAAGCUUUUGGUGACUCACAUAUUCUCUCCAUUUGUGAGGUAUACAGGCCUUAUGUGGAAAGUGGGCAUGUAAUCUGCUUGGAUGGGCAAGGAAGAACUAUUGCAGUGAAUGAAUUUCUAUCUUCAUUUUCCAAUGAAUUCUGGAGAAAUGAGAAGCUGGCAUAUCUUCGGCUCAGUGAUCCAGAUGGUUUUUUGCUUUCAAAUGAGUUGAUCUCUCUCGCAUUUGGUGCUAUAGCUCCAUGAGUUGUUCCAUCCUUGCUUUCAUCUGGUCAUUGGAGCUUUACCAAACGUUUAAACAUGUUGUAGCUUCUUUCUCAGCAAUGAUGGCUGCAGGACAUCAGUAAAGUUAACUAAAAGUUUUUUCCAGGCAAUUUGUAAAGACACCAGGUUUUACUCACUUUUAUAGAAUGUACAGCAAUCACCAGAGUUGUUCAACAUUGAUUUCUUGACUUUUGUC